AUGGUCGUUACAAUGACGCAGGAAACACCCACUGUAAAGGCGAACGAGGAAUCCGUAGAUGGAGUUAAAAGUGCGGUGGUUCCCGUAUUGUUGUAUAUACUGGGUCCUAUAAUAACGAUUUGCGAUCAGUCAGUAACUUUCCUUCAAGAAAAUAUACUGUGUCCUCUUGUUAGAAAUGACAGGGAGCAUAUUCUAUGCUGGAAUAAAGAAGUAGCAUUCCCAAUCUUAUUUUUUUUCGCUUCAACUGUUGUGAGUAUCAUUUAUACUAUUACUACAAGAAUAUAUAGAAUUCUAAGGGAACCUAAUGGUGGAAAAGGGAGUUCUAAAAAAAAAAAAAAAAAAAAAAGAAAAUAUGAAGAAGAAGAAGAAGAAGAAGACGAGGAGGAAGAAGAGGAAGAGGAAGAAGACGGAGAGGACGAUGACGAUGAAGAAAAUAAUGAAAAAAAAGGUAAAAGGCGUAGGUCACAACGACAGAAGCAGAAGAGACAAAGAUAUGAAGGACAAAAUUUUCAACUAAUGCAUCAAUCUCCAGUGCAGUAUGCUCAAAUAUAUCCAAAUUUAAUGCAAUAUCCGCAGAUGUGUGCAACUCCAAUGAUAUAUCCACAAAUGCAGCAGCAACAAUUGGAGAUACAACCGAUGCAAAUUCCACAAUAUCAACAACCUCAAGUGCAAAUUCCGCAAUAUCAACAAAUGCAAGUGCAAAUUCCACAAUAUCAACAACCUGGAAUAAAUGCAAUUGGGACAAAUAAGGAAAGAAGUAAAGAACAAACAAAUAUAAUAACCGAACGUGAGCAUACACAAUUGGAAGAUAACAUAUAUCAUUUUGGUUACCAUCCCACAUAA